CCAAAAUGGCGACUCUCAGGCUGGCCCGCUUCGUGUUGCUGGGACUUUGAGGUGGUCGCCAGCGGUCAGGGGGAACGAUUUCCCCGCCACGGGGGCCCUGGAAGAUGAAUCGGGGCCUCUGCUAAGGUUAGGCAGUGGGGGUGAAGAGAAGUGGCAGCAAGGACUGCAGUGGAGUCAACGGAGCGAAAUGUGCGAGAGUUACUCCAGGUCGUUGUUGAGGGUCUCAGUGGCGCAGAUCUGCCAGGCGCUGGGCUGGGACUCCGUGCAACUCAACGCCUGCCACCUUCUCACGGACGUGCUGCAGCGCUAUCUGCAGCAAUUGGGAUGGGCCUGCCAUCGGUACUCUGAGCUCUGUGGCCGAACAGAUCCUAUUUUGGAUGAUGUUAAUGAAGCUUUCCAGCUGAUGGGAGUUAAUCUUCAUGAAUUAGAAGACUAUAUUCACAAUAUAGCACCUGUUACUUUUCCACAUCAAAUUCCUUCAUUUCCUGUUAGCAAAAACAAUGUACUUCAGUUUCCUCAACCUGGAAGUAAAGAUGCAGAAGAAAGGAAACAAUACAUUCCUGACUACAUGCCACCCAUUGUGUCUUCUCAAGAAGAAGAGGAAGAGCAGGUGCCCACUGAUGGAGGCACAUCAGCCGAAGCCAUGCAGGUUUCCUUGGAAGAAGAUGAGGAAUUGGAAGAAGAAGAAAUUAUUAAUGAUGAGAAUUUCUUGGGUAAGAGACCGUUGGAUAGUCCUGAAGCUGAAGAAAUGACUUCUAUGAAGAGACCACGGCUAUUGAACACUAACGGGGACGCCCUAGAUGUAGUAUUACUGGAAGACCGAGAGCCACUCAGCUCAAUAAAUACUCAAAAGAUUCCACCAGUGCUUUCUCCAGUCCACGUACAGGACAAUACAGACAUUGCACCUCCGUCUCCAGAGCCACCAAUGUUGGCUCCAGCUGCAAAAUCACAAAUGCAAACUGCAGAACCAUUAGAAACAAAGCCCUUUACACCGAAAACAAAAACUACUUCUCCGGGACAGAAGACUAAAUCACCUAAAACUAGCCAAUCACCAGCAAUGGUCGGAAGUCCUGUUCGGUCAACUAAAACGAUAUCCAAAGAAACAAACUCACCUGGACGUUCUAAGAGCCCCAAAAGCCCCAAGAGUCCCAAGGUUUUGACUCACAUUCCCCAACCACCUAUCAGACCUGAAACACCAAACAGGACUCCUUCACCUACAAUAAGUGAAAAAAUCAACAAAGAGAUUCUACAGGUAAAACAAAUACAGACACCCCCUGAUGUGGGGAAAUUGAACAAUGAAAGUCAGCCAAAAAAGGGUGUUGUAACAGAUAAAACAAUUGAUGACUCUGUUGAUAUGCUGUCAAAGCUGACUCUAGAUGAUUCUGUGUACAGUAUGUCUAGACCCGUCUCUGCUUGUGCUUAA